AUGUACCAAAGCCUGACUCUGAGUUCGAGCCCUGGUCAGGCAGCCUAUGUUGCUGACCCCGGCUCUCUGCUGGUGGGAGGCACGGGCCCCACGGUGCUGGUGCCACCAGCGCGUGUCACCCCGGUGUCACCCUACCUGCCUACCUGUGAGCCGGGCUCUCGGCCGUCCCAGCUGGCCACGCUCCCCAAGUGGGCACCCACCUCCACCACCACCACCCUGGAUUCUUCAGUCUUCAGCUGUGGAAACCCCAACGCUCCUGGGACCAGUGCCUUUGGCUUUCAGCCCAGCACUUCGGGGUCCAGGGCCGAUGGGGGCUCCUACCAGAGUUCACUACUAGCCUAUGAGCAGCACUCACAGCCUGUGGGCGCUCCAUACCCCAGCCCUUACCCUGCAUACGUGGGCACUGAGGUGGCCCCAGCCUGGAUCACAGGACCCUUCGAUGGUAGCCUCCUGCACGGAGUCCGGGGCUGCCGAAAAGCUUUUGUGGCCGAAUUCCUGGAGGAGUCCACUGGAGAUGGUCGGGAGUGUGUCAACUGUGGGGCAUUGUCCACGCCUCUGUGGCGCAGGGACGGCACUGGCCACUACUUGUGCAACGCCUGUGGCCUCUACCACAAGAUCAAUGGAGUGAACCGGCCUCUGGUUCAGCCACACAAGCGCCUGUGCUCCUCCCGCCGUGCUGGCCUCCGCUGCACCAACUGCCACACGACCCACACGACGCUCUGGCGCCGCAAUGCAGAUGGCGAGCCUGUGUGCAACGCCUGUGGCCUCUAUAGGAAGCUGCACGGGGUGCCCCGGCCCCUGGCCAUGAAGAAGGAGGGGAUCCAGACGCGGAAGCGGAAGCCGAAGAGCCUGGGUAGGACCGAGGCCUCUCCAGGUUCAUCAGGGAAUCACAGCCUCUCCCCACAGGCCUUGGCCCUGUACCCCGAGAGCUCCACGACCACGUUGAAGUCGGACCCCAGCCUGGAGUCGCUGUCCCAGGCCUGCACGCAAGUGGAUGAUGCCCUGGGGUCCAGCCCCUUGGAGUUAAAAUUCGAGCCUGAGGCCUUGGUGCCCCCCACAGCAGCUCUGGGGGGAGCCCUGCGCCAGGAGGCCUGGUGUGCACUGGCCUUGGCCUAG